GAGUACAGUGUGGUCGGUCUCUCAAUUAAAAUGUAUGUCAGAGCGCUAUGAAAAACAUUAACCUCUGUGGCAUUCGUGUCUGAAUUGUUGAGCAAUUGUGCGAGUGAAAAGCGCUCAUUUGGAGAUCCGUUAUCACCCAGAACGAGACCAUGUGACGAUCUGUAAGGUGGAGUUGGAACACAAGAGCACCGCCUCAGUCGGCUCUUAACUGUUACAGAGGAUAUACCAUCAACCCUGUCGAUUAUACGUUUCUCGUGUUGUUCGACAAGUGAAACCCAUACAAAGUGGGCAGCGGGUAGUUUUCGAAAGGAAAUAAAAAAAAAAAAUUAAAAAAAUGGCCGCUAAAAGUAUCACAGACUCACUAAUGAUGACGUGACAUCACAUCCUGUGAAGACCAUUUUAAAAACAGGACUAGGAUUUUUUUUUUUCUCCCCAAAAUGGCCGACAUCCUUCCCCUUGCCCCUUGGAACUGCUCCCCGUCGGCCAACUGUUCCCGCCGGAACCUGUCGCUGCUGAACCUGGGGGAGGAGUGCCAGGGUCACCUGCCCAUGUUCUUCGUCAUGGCCGUCGCCUACAGCGCCGUGGCCCUCCUGGGCGUGGUCGGGAACCUGGCGCUCGUCCUCAUCAUCGCCCGGCAACGGGAGAUGCACAACGUCACCAACAUCCUCAUCGCCAACCUGUCCGUGUCCGACCUGCUGGUGUCCAUCGUGUGCCUGCCCUUCACGCUCGUCUACACCUUCAUGGACCACUGGGUGUUCGGCGAGGCCAUGUGCAAGCUCAACGGCAUGGUGCAGUGCUUCUCCGUCUCCGUCUCCAUCUUCUCGCUGGUGCUCAUCGCGGUGGAGCGCCACCAGCUCAUCGUCAACCCGCGCGGCUGGCGGCCCAGCAACCUCCACGCCUACGUGGGCAUCGCCGUCAUCUGGGUGCUGGCCGGCUGCACGUCCCUGCCCUUCAUGUUCUUCUCGCUGGUGACGGACGACCCGCUCAAGCUGCUGCCGCACUUCCACGAGCAGUACAGCGGCAAGGUGGUGUGCGUGGAGGACUGGCCCUCCAGGACGUUCAAGCUCACCUACACCACCUGCAUGCUGCUGAUCCAGUACGUGGGGCCGCUCUGCUUCAUCUUCAUCUGCUACUUCAAGAUAUACACUCGUCUGAAAAAGAGGAACAGCAUGAUGGACAAGAUGCGGGAGAGCAAGUACCGUUCGAGCGAGACCAAGCGGAUCAACGUCAUGCUCUUCUCCAUCGUGGUGGCCUUCGCCGUCUGCUGGCUGCCCCUCAACAUCUUCAACGCCGUCAUCGACUGGAACCACGAGGCGGCCAUGAACUGCAACCACAACCCGCUCUUCUCCCUCUGCCACCUGACCGCCAUGGCGUCCGUCUGCGUGAACCCGCUCUUCUACGGCUUCCUCAACCGCAACUUCCAGCGCGACCUGCACGUGGUGUUCCGCAUGUGCAAGCUGAGCGCCCGCCGGCCUGAGGAGUACGACACCAUCGCCAUGUCCGCCGUGUCCACCGUGCAGACCGACGUGUCCAAGAGCUCGCUGAAGCCCAGCAGCCCCGACGUAUGACCCCCGCCGGGGGGGGGGGGG